AUGUCACGACAGCAAGCACACGGCUACAUGCACGCGCCACAAAAUUAUUAUGGCCAGCAGCCCGUAGACAACACGCCUCUGCAGUUUUACGGCCAAGGGUCGACAACAACGACGGGUUCGAAUGGAUUCUACUCUUCAACACCGUCGAAUAUCAACACCAUGGGGUCCAUGGGCGGCGGUAUGGCGGGUGUUGGCGGUGGGAUUGAAGGCAAUAUGGCGACGGGCACGAUGGGUUCGGGCAGUGGGAAUGGGUAUGGUGGAAAUAUUGUCGUUCAAGGUCCUUGGUGGACUGCGUUUGGGCCUGGUGGUGUCGAGGGCGAGCAGCCGUUGCUUGAAGAGCUCGGGAUCAACUUUUCGCAUAUACGGAUAAAGUCGAUGACGGUGCUAAACCCGCUGCAAAAGGUGGAUGAACAUAUCAUGGAUGAUGCGGAUAUGGCAGGUCCCAUCAUUUUUUGCUUUAGCUUCGCGACCUUUCUUCUCUUGUCUGGAAAGCCUCAAUUCAGCUUUAUUUACGGCGUCGGACUGCUAGGGUCGGCGUCAAUGUACUUUCUGCUCAACGCCAUGUCCGAGUCUGGCAUCGACGCAUAUCGGGUGGCAUCUGUAUUGGGCUAUUGCCUAUUGCCCAUGGUCGGUGUAAGCGCCAUCAGCGUCGUCGUUGCACUAGAUGGUGCACUCGGCUACUUUCUUUCAAUCCUGUCGAUCCUUUGGUGCACGUAUGCGGCGUCUGGAAUCUUUGUGGCCGUCCUGCGCAUGUCCGAUCAACGAUUGCUGGUGGCAUACCCUGUGGGCUUGCUCUAUGGAUGCUUUGCGCUCUUGUCCGUGUUCAACGCGACUGGGGUUGUCACUCGAUGA